AUGAGACCUGAUUUUUUCAUGGAAAAGAAUAUAAGAAUACUGGAGAAGAUAGGGUAGGGAGCUUUUGGUUAAGUGUAUAAGGGUUUAUACAAGAACGAGGAAGUGGCAAUUAAGUUUUUGUAAGAUGCAUAAAUUUAGGAAACAUCAAUCAUGGAAAAUCUUUAGCAUAAGAAUAUCAUAAAAUUUUAUUAGGUUGUUUAUUUUAUAUAGUUUAAGUAUUUCAAACAAGGGAAUUGCUAAUAUUUGGUGAUGGAAUAUGCAGCUGGAGGUUCAUUGAAAGAAUUGAUGAAACAAAGUUUAGAUGAGUUGACGAUUAGUUAAAUCAUGGAAUCUAUUUUUACAGGAAUCGAAUAUCUUCAUUCUAAGUAGAUCAUACAUCGAGAUAUCAAGCCUGAUAAUAUCUUAAUUAAAAACACAGAAGAUCUUUCCAGCAUCAAGAUUGCUGACUUUGGUUUAAGUUAUUAAUACAAACCGGAAAUUCGUUAUUAUUAGACUGUUUCAAAAUAGUGUGGAACCUUUAUAUUUAUGGCACCAGAAUAAAUAUUAAAUAAAACUUAUAACAAGGCUGUUGACAUGUGGUCUUGUGGGAUCGUCCUUUACAUGCUAUUGAAUCAAGGAAAACAUCCGUUUUUUCCAAGGAUUUUCACUAAAAAAGAAUUUAUCAACAGUUUCCCAGAUUUUAAAUAUGAACAACCCUUGCAUGUAUCUCCUCUUGCAAGGGACCUCUUAUAAAGAUUGUUAUAAAAUGAUCAAGAUUCUCGAUAUACUGCCGCCUAAGCAUUAGUUCAUCCAUGGAUUACUCGAAAAUUUAAUGAUCCAAUCCCAAUGUGUGUUAAACAAUUCGGAAUUUGUUAAGAAUAAAAAAGAAAAAAUUUUUAAUUAUUAUAAUCAGUUUUGUUUAUAAUUUAUUUGCAACAAAUAUCAAUUAAACAAUCUCCUAAUCUUUCCAAAAAAGAUCUAAAUGAAUUUAAAAUUUUAAUUGCUGAAUUAGAAGAAGAUAAGCAAGAACAACAAUAAAAUCUAGGGAACAUCAGUCCUAAAAAUUAAUAAAUCCCAUUUCAGUUAUCAAUAGCCAGACCUACCAAAAUAUUCAAAGCUUAUAGAACUUUAAACAGAACACCUUCAAAAGAAAAGCAUUAUCGAUUAAAUGCUAUUCUUAAUUAAAAAAAUGAGUCUAGUAAAGAAUUAAACAUGUUCAAGUUUAAUUAACAACAUAGUAUUGAUAAUGAUAAAAGAAUCGUUCCCUUUGAUCCGGAUUCCCCAAUGAAAAAUUCAAAAAGUGUUUAACCAAGUAAAGUACUUCUUCCAGCACUGUCAGAAUCAACUUAGACUUCUCUAAGUCCUUCAAAAUUGACGAAGGUUCCUAUUGUAAAACAUACCUCAUUUAGAAAAACAGGAUGUUCUUUUUUUCUCGGAUUAAAUAGAAUUAAUAAUAAUUCAGUCCAAGAGUCUGAAACAGUAAGAAGUAAAGAAGACAUUCAUGAUAAAGGGUCAAUUAUUAAUACUCAAAGGUCAACUUUCAAAUAAUAAAGUAAUUAAUUUAGUAGUAUUUUUAAAUCCUAAAAUAAAACCGUAGAACAAUCUUUUUAUACAAAAAAAAAAAUACUAAUCUGA